CAGGCUGGAGUGCAGUGGCAUGGUCUCAGCUGACUGCAACCUCCACCUCCCGGGUUCAAGUUAUCCUCCCACCUCACGCUCCCAAGUAGCUGGGACUGCAGGGCCCAGCAUGUCUCUGCAGGAAGGCAGGGCAUCCCAGGAUAUCACCAGCUCCUCUAGGAGUACAGGAGCCAAGGAGCUGCUGAGAUCUGCUGAUCACCCACUCACUCCACAGCAGCCACCCUGGAGCCAUGGCUCCCAAGGCCACAUCUUGGCUAUCUUGGCGUCUCUCUGCAUCCUCAGCCUUCUCUGAUCUCGUGGAGCCCCCAGUGGCCCCCAUAGGUGCUUAUCUGAUGCUGUGCCAGCCACAGGCAAGAUGUGGGGACACGUUGUAUGACCCUCUGCAGCACUGCUACUAUAACAAUGCCGUCCUGCCCUUGGACGGGGACCCAGAGGUGUGGAACUGCACCUUCAGAGUCUGCUUCAAGAAGUGCUGCCCCUGGUCCCUCAGUCCCCCAGCGUCCCUCAUGGUGAAGAUGAAAGGCCAGAAGUGCUCCUUGACCCUGACCUCAGAUGACAGGCUUUGUCACAGGGUCUCACUCUGUUGCCCAGGCUGGAGUGCAGUGGUCUUAUCAUGACUAAUUUCAACCUGGAACUCUUGAGCUCAAGCGAUCCUCCUGCUACAACCUCCCAAAUAGCUGGGACCACAGGUGUGUGCCACCAUGCCCAGCUUUUUUUAAAAAAAACCUUUUGUAAAAACUGGAUUUUGCCAUGUUGCCCAGGUUGGUCUUGAACUCCUGGCCUCAAGCAAUUCUUCCUCCUCAGCCUCCCUAAGUGCUGAGAUUACAGGCAUGAGCCACCACCAUACCUGGCCACUUCUUCAUUCUUGUUGGUUUCGCUUCGCUGGAAAAAAAUAUAAAUUCUGCCUCAAUAUGUGACUUACCACAGCCACGAAGGAAGAUUUCACUAUAAGGCAGUUCAUAAAAAUCUGUGCAGUGUACACUAACCCAUUUUUGUGUCUGUUUCUUGAAUUAAAAAAAUAAUAUCUAUGACAUACUCAAGCAGUUAUACCACCCAAUAAAAUGUUGCCACCCUUAGUAUGGAGGACACUACUCUUUCCUGAGCUGCAAAUGGAGAAGCCAGGAAAGCAGAGAGCAAUGGAGGAGAACAUGCUGUCCCCUCUCCACAAGGGAGGAGGAGGACUGCAGGCCCCUCGUGAUCACACCAUUACCCAGCUCCAGGCUCAACCCUCCUCUCCACCCUCCUCACAAGAGAGAUGCAAGGAUGUUCUACAACCAUAAAUCUGAUCACUUCCAUCCCCUGCUUAGGCCUGGGCCGUGGUCAGUGCCCUCAGGAUAGACUGGAGUUCUCCAAGGGCCCGUAAAUGCCCCAGCCUUGCUGCCCACUCCAGUCUCCCUGCCUUGCAUUCUGGCCUCUCUGGGUUCAGCCUCGCCGAAACAGGCACAGUUCUCAUUCAUUCUUGAAAUAGUAGCUCAAAUGUCUUCUCCUGGAAGACAUCACUGGCCUCCCAGGCUGGGUCAGGCAACCACUGUGGGCUCCCAAGCCUUUACGCGUCCCCAACCCAGCCCUGACUCUCUGAGUCAUCAAGGCCUGAGGACAAUCUGUGUUCCCAGUGAUGGCACAUGGCCCGCUGUUAUGUCUCUGCUGUGUCCUCAGCAGCACGUCGGGGUAAGGAUGAUUAGGUUUUAAUGGGAUAGUAAUGGGCGUGUGAUUGGUUGCCAGGGAGGGAGUAAAAGUGUCCCAUACUUGUGGGUUAAGGUUGGGGGAUACAAGAGGAAGACGUGAAGGAGGCUUUAGGUUGUGGAGAAGGGCGGCACUGAGAUGUGGCUAUAGUCCAGGGAUCAUUAGGGUAGUGGAUAAUUUUGUUAAGAUGUAAAGGAUCAUUAACCUUGACUGUGCCUUCAGCUCCAGCCACCUCUCUAAGAGGAAAUUGUUGGGCAGGUUGGGGAGGGCUAGUCGUGGAACAAAACUGUAAGCUGGACCGGAUGUGAGGGGGGGAGGUUGUAGAAUGAUUAUAGGGUGGGAGAGUGGAAGCUGAGGAAGAACUGGGACCUGGCUUGGCCUGGUGAGGAGCAGCGUGGGGAGGAGGGGAGAGGUCAGAUGAGUUAAUAGAAAAGGAGGAUUUAAAGGACUCAGAGCUUGGGGUGGAGACAAGGAACAGACAGGAGAGAAAGAAGAAAGAUCUGGAACGAGUCACAUUGGGAGCAGAGACUAGGGAGGAACCGAUGUGUAAAAGAAUGCCUGGAUGUCAGGCACCUCAGACCAUUUGCCCAUUUUUCGACAAAAUUAUCUAGAUCUUGUAGGAUGGAGAAAUCAAAAGUGCUAUUUUCUGGCCAUUUAGAGCAAUUGUUAAGUUUGUAUUGGGGCCAAGCGCUGUUGCAGAAGAAAAUAAGAUGCCUAGGUUUUAGGUCAGGUGAGAGAUGAAGAGGUUUUAAGUUUUUUAGAACACAGGCUAAGGGAGAAGGAGGAAUGGAGGGUGGAAGGUUGCCCAUAGUAAAAAGGUAAGUUUAGAGAAAAGAGAGGGUAGAGACACGGAGAGGUGGGUUGGUACUUGCCAUCCAGGGGAGGUGGUACUUGCUACCAAGGUGAAGGACAAAGGCAGGCGUCCCUGCAGUGGUCAGAAACCUGUGGAAUGUGAGUGAAUACUCAGGCAUGCAUCCCCACAGUGAUUAGACACCAAGGGAAGACUGUCUUCCCGAGUCUGUGACCAGCACCAGAAUUUUGAGUUCACGGAUAAAACGUGUCUCCUCUGUCUCUACCAGAAAGGGAAAGGAACCAAAAUUAAGGGAGGGAGAGAUUAAAGGGUGGAGGGAUAGCUAGCAAGAUAGGUUGGAGAAGAGAAUGAAAAGAGGCUGCUUACCCGGUUUAAAAUUGGUGAGAUGUUCCUUUGGCUGGGCUGAGGACCCGAGGUCAUGGGUAGAUCUCAUGGAGAGAGGGCGAGGACAGGGGACCGGUCUCCCAAAGGAGUCCUCCUGUCUCAGGUCUUCGGCACCAAAUGUCACAUGCGCCCGUGUGAAGAGAGUCCACCAACAGGCUUUGUGUGAGCAACAAGGCUGUUUAUUUCACGUGGGUGCAACUGGGCUGAAUCCGAAAAGAGA